AAGGACACUCAAAAGUUUCUAGUCACGCGGUGCAGUUGCGUAAAAGCUGCCACCGUCUUUUCGCCCUCAGCCUUUUAACAGCGAUGCCAUUUUAUUGUUGCUUGAUAUAGUUUGUUAGAUGAGUCUAAAGUCUGCUCUAGGACGAUGAAGCUGAUCAUCCUCAAUGACUACGACCAGGCGAGCGAGUGGGCUGCAAAGUACAUCAGAAACAAGAUCGUACUCUUCAGACCUGGCCCGGACAGAUACUUCACCCUGGGGCUCCCCACUGGAAGCACGCCUAUGGGUUGUUACAAGAAACUGAUUGAGUUUUACAAGAAUGGUGAAGUCUCAUUCCAGUAUGUAAAGACUUUCAACAUGGACGAAUAUGUAGGACUUCCCAGAGAUCACCCCGAGAGCUACCACUCCUUCAUGUGGAACAACUUCUUCAAGCACAUAGACAUAAAAGCAGAGAACACGCACAUCCUCGACGGCAACGCUGCCGACCUGCAAGCAGAGUGUGAGGCCUUCGAGAAUAAGAUAACAGCUGCCGGGGGGAUCGAGCUCUUUGUUGGAGGUAUUGGACCCGAUGGUCACAUUGCCUUUAAUGAGCCUGGUUCCAGCUUGGUUUCCAGGACCAGGGUGAAGACUCUGGCAAAGGAUACUAUCAUAGCUAACGCCCGAUUCUUCGACAAGGAUAUCUCAAAGGUGCCCACCAUGGCUCUGACUGUGGGAGUGGGCACUGUCAUGGAUGCAAAAGAGGUCAUGAUUCUCAUCACCGGAGCACACAAGGCAUUUGCUUUAUACAAGGCAAUAGAGGAUGGCGUGAAUCACAUGUGGACAGUGUCUGCAUUCCAGCAGCACCCACAGACAGUUUUUGUGUGUGACGAAGAUGCCACCCUGGAACUGAGGGUCAAAACUGUAAAGUACUUCAAAGGGAUGAUGCAUGUGCAUAAUAAACUGGUGGAGCUACCUUCCCUGGACGGCAAGAAGAACUGAUCUGAGGAGAUUUCAGACUUUGUGUAUUCAUGAGGCUUUUAAAAAAAAAAUCAACACUUAAUGAUUCCUUCUGAUGGAGACACAGGCAGCCGUGGAAGCAGUGCUUGGAGUCUACCACCACUACUCAUCUGUGUAGAAAUAAUCAGGUGAUGGCGGAGCACAGGUUCAUAAGAAUCAGGUGAUUUUUUAUACAUUUGUUCUUGGUAAUAAAGAGCGUUUAAUUUUUA